AUGUUGAAAUGUGUACUAUGGCAUCAAAUAAGGACUUCUUCAAAACAAAUACAAAUAAUUAAUAUUGAUGAUGAUGACAAUGAUGAUGAAUUCCCUGAGCUACCAAGUGUAGAGGAAUUGUUAAAUAAAGCCACUACACAAAAAAAUGAAAACGAAAAAAAUGAUGAAUCAUUGGACUAUGAUGCUUUAAAAGAUGAAACAUUAGAUAUUCCAGGUGAAUUGGUAUUGGCUUAUCCAUUAAAGAAAUACUAUCCAGCAAAAGUUAACAAUUAUGAGAAGCCUGGAAAGUAUCAUGUUAUCUUUUGGGAUGAAUCAAAAGCAAUCCUUAGUAGAAAUCAAUUUUAUACAAUUUGGGAAAAAGGAUUUGUGACUUGCAAAUUAGGUGAAAUUGUAAUGGAUAAAGAAGAUCCAGAUUAUGAGGAUGCAGAAUUAACUACUGCAAUUCUAGAUCUUGAACCAGCAUUGUCUAAAGUCCUAUUAGGUGAUGAUAAAUUGGCAUGGAGAUAUGAUCAUUUUGUUGAGGGCAAGAAAAAGCGUCAGCUAUUAGCUUCUCAUGUUUCAGAAGGUCCAUUUAACCAAAGUGAAUUUGGUUUGAUAGCAAAAGUUUUAAGACAUUUGUAUGUGCCUGAUGUUGCAAAUGCUAUUGAUAAGAAAGAUAAUAUUGUCAAGCCUUCGGAAUUGAUCAAGUCUAUUAUGAAAUUAAAAAAUAAACAACAUCAGGAAGAGGAAGAACAAGACAAUCAACAAGAAAUAUCACUAUUAUCAUCAUCACAACAAUUUUCAAAUUCCAUCUCAACUCCACAUAAGCAUAACAACUUAACCAAUGCUGCUUCACACAAAAAUUUAUAUCCACAAUCAGAAUCACCAUUAUCCCAACAAUUCACAAUUCCUGUUUCCACUUCAUGUAAACGCAAACUUGAUGCUACUCCACCCAAACAUUCACACAAACAAUCAUCGCAAUCACCAGCACAAAAAAUUAGUACUGCUGCUGUUGCUACUUCUCCUUCUUUACCAUCAUUAUCCUCUUCAUCAUUAAAUUAUAAAUUGAAACUCCCAUUUUUUAACUAUUCAUCCGAUUUACAACUUUGA